AUGGGAGUAUAUCGACGUUACGCGUCAGGCGAUCAUGAUGAAGAUUUCUUUAAGGGUAAACGACAGCAUUCUAAUAGUAAUGGUCAUAGUACAAAUUUCACAGCCAAUGAAUUUUCAAUAAAGGCAAUAACUAUUCCACCAAUGGCAGGACAUUUUGAUUACCAUUAUAGAGAUAUUUCUAAUCGUAUUAUGACAUUACAAGAGUAUAAACAUUCAUUUAAUACGGCAGCAUUUUAUUAUGGAUAUGAUAAACAAGUAUUUGGAGAUGUUAUAAUAAUGGUAUAUAAUCAUAUAAAGACUAAUAAAAUUAGUACUAAAACAAUAACAAAGUAUGGAUUAACAUCUUAUGAUAAUUUAAAAUUGGAUCCACUAUCUCGAUUUUGGCCUAGUUGUGAAAAUCUUACGGAAGAAAAUAAGAAAUCACCAGUAAGAAGAGCUUUAGCUAUAACCAAUUUAAAGAAUUAUAGUAAAUUAACAAAUCAUUCAGGUAAUCUACAAGUUGAUAGAACAUGGGAUGAAACUGAUGCUGGUUCAUUGGCCAAUGAAAUGAAACUAUUGGAUUUCAAAACUCCAAUCCAAUUGGGUUAUAAACUUUCUCAAAUAGGACUCCUUCAACCUCAUCAUAUUAAUUCAGUAUUAUUAGAUAUUAUUUAUGAUAAUUCAAAUGAAUUAGUAAUUAAUGAUAAUAAUCGAUUAGUUUAUUUAAUUGGAGAACAAUUGGAUCAAUUAUUUGAUCCAUUAUUAGAAUAUUCUCCCGAAGCAAUGCAAAUUGAAUAUUCAGUUCCAACCACUGCUAAUUAUAUACCUCCAAAAGUUAAUAGUCAUUUAAUUGAUUCAAUUGUUACAGAAUUAAUUACUGUACAAACUAAUUUUACUAUGGGAUUAGUUAAUUUAUUACAAAAUUUCAUUAUUCCAUUAAGAAUUAGUGUUUUAUCAUCAUCAGCCAAUUCAGGUAUAGCUAAAUUAAAUCAAGUUUUCCCACCAACAAUUGAUGAAAUAACAAGAAUUAAUUGUAUAUUACAUGAUGCUUUAAAUCGAGCUCAUAGUUAUGGAUAUAUGGAAGUUAUGAAAGUAUUAAAUAUGAUUUUACCAUAUUUUUAUAAACCAUUUAUACGUCAUGAAGCUAAUUUAAGAAACUUUUCUACCAAAAUUAAUAGAUUUAAUAAAAAGAAUCAUUCAAAAGUAUUUGAUAAUGAUUCAAUUAAUCGAGGAGAUUUUGGUUAUAGAGAAGUUGAAUCAAUUAUUUCUGGUUCAUUAAUGGAAUUACCAAAAAUAAAAUUAAUAUUAAAAAGAUUACAAGAUACAAUUAUUUCAGAAAAGAUUCAUUUAAGAGGUACAUUUAAAGAUGAAGAAUCUAAUAUAUUUCAAAUAUAUUUUGAUAAAACCAUUGAAAUAAUUGAUGCCUUUGGAGGAGAAGAAGAUACUUAUGAUAGAAUAGAUUUAAAUCAAAGAAUUUUUACUCCAACUGGUAAAAUCUUAACUGAAUUAGCUGAAGAUUGGCCCAGUGAAUUACAAUAUGGUUGGUUAACUAGAAAAGUAGUUGGUAUAUUUGAAUUAAGAAAUAUGAAACCAAUAAAUUUAUAUGAUAUUGAUAUCCUUAUUAUAUUCUCAGAUCAUUUAUUAUUUAUAACCAUUGUUGAUGAUAAUUAUUAUUUGAAUCAACAACAAACUUCAAUCAAAAGACUUUCUAUUCCAGAUAUUUUAAUGCAUUCAUUAAUUAAUGAAAAACCUUUACCAAAUCUUUCUCUGUUUCCUUCUAUGCAAGUAACUCAUUGGUGUGAUAUAAAUGAAGUAUUGGUUACUUCAUAUCAAGGUAUUAAUAAUGAUGGUAAACCUUGUGAUUAUCUUAAAUUCCUUAGUUUAAAUCAAUUAGGAUUUAAUGAAAGUGAAAGUAAUCCAACAAAUCAAAACUUUACUAUGAAUUAUGAAGUACAACAAAAUGAUAUUAUACAUGAUAUUAAAGUUAAUGAUUCUAUUAUGCAAUUAAUCAAUAAAGCUAGAGUCCUAUUAAAGAGUCAACCAUUUCAUUUAUUUAGAUCAAAUACUUCAGAUUUAACAGUAUAUUCAACAGCUCAUGAUAUAUCAGUUUAUGAAGCAGAAACUUGUAAAUCUCCUAUAGGAUUAUUUUUAAAUUUAAACAUUGAUUAUAAACAAUGGUUUGAACAAUACCCUCAUUUAAAUCUUAUAAUUAAUUCUUCAUUUGUAACUCAAGAUAUGGUUAGAAUUAAAUCUAUUGAUAGAUAUGGAAUUAUUACUACAAGACAAACAUGUAAUUUAAAUCAAUUUGAAAGUACUAUUCAUGAAAUUAUUUCCAAUUAUAUUAUUAAUACUUUCAUAUCAAUUAAUAAAACAUCAACACUUGCAAGUGAAGGGAUUGUUAAAGAUCUUCAAUAUUUUUGUAAAGAUUUCCUCAAGUAUGAUGCUAAUAAAUUAAAGGAAGAGUUAAAGGAAAGAUUUAAAGAAGGUAAAUCAUUACCUGGAACUGAAUUGACAAAAAGGACUCAUAAAAAGGCAUUAAGUUUGGCAUUAUCCAUGCCUGAAAGUUAUAUUAAUGGUAAUAAACCAGUAGUAAAGGAGACCAAAGAAAUGGAAGUGCCUAAGCAAACCAAAAAGGUGGAAUUCAAAGAAGAAAGUGUAUCGAAUGAGAAGGCCAAGAGAAGAAAGUCGUUUAUUGAGGUUAUAUUUAAAUCUUUGAAACGUAGUAAUACUCCUAUUAAUAAAGAUACUCCUAUUAAUAAAGAUACUCCUACUAUCAAUGAUGAUAACUUGUCGGAGGAUCUCAUUCCUAAGGGAGAACAGAUUGAAUAUAAACACAUCUAUAGUCCUAUUCCUGAGUUGCACAGAGCCGAAUCAGUUAAGAUAAGUAAAGUGAGAAAACAAGAGCUUAACACGGGUACGAAGUCCUCUUCAUUACAAGACAAGACAAGUCAGCAACCCACGAUUUUAAAAGCUGAGGUUGCAAAUGUUCCAAUUCCAAAUCCAGUCCAAGCUCCUAUUCUCAAGAAUACUCCUAUCUCACAGACUGCUACUAUUCCAACAAGUAAUAAUAUGAAUGCUUCUCCUAUUUCCAAUCAAGUUUCUGUACCAUCUCCUCCUUCUACUACUGCCAUCUCUGUUCCCGACAUUAAGCAAAUGAAGCCUAACGAAUCAAAAGCACAAUCAGCUCCACAACACACUAAAUUGUUUUCUAUAAAAUCAACAUCAAGCAAGCACUUACAUCAGCAAACUGUAUUUGAUUAUGAAUUUAAAGAAGAAGAAUACUACAAUGAUGGAGAAUCUAAUUGGAUUCCAAUUUCAUUCAGCAGAGAAAACUCCGCCCAGGUUGGAGUGUCUGAACAGCUCCUGGAAUCUUUAGAUCAAUUGGUUAAAGGAUUGGACCCUGAAGGAAAGACUGUUGAAAAUCCUCAACCACAAUCUGACAAAGUCAUUGAACAUAAGAUUGUUCAACCAGUUACAAAAUCAUCUGAGUCAGUGGUAAAUAAGAUUCCUCCUAAACCAAAGUUAAUAGGUCCUAUUAAACCACCUUUCCAUCCAGGUUUUAGAGAUGUAUCGCAAAGAUCACUUACUCCAUCAGAAAUUGUCAAUGAUUUCUGUCAACAAAUAGAUAGUAAGUUUUCUAGUGAAAGACAAUUACCAAGAAAUUUUUCUUAUAUUAAUCCAAGUAUAAGUAAUAGUGUACUUAAUUUACCUCAAUAUAAUGUUAGUCAAGUUACAUUAACAAGUUCAUCAGAUGAAUUCUUUUCACCUGAUGAAUUUGAAUUUGGAGAACAAAUGAUUCCACAAGAAUCAUUUAAUAAAUCAACUUCUCCUGGUACACUUACAUCUGCUUCAAGUGAAGCAACUAUAAUUAAUGCUAUGAUAGAUUCACCUCAAGAUUCUCAUCAUAAUACUAAUCCUAUUUCUAAUCCUAAUCCUAAUCCUAAUCCUAAUAACUUUAACCGAGAUUGGUCAAUUCCUAGUUUUGUAACAAGAGAUGAUUCAAUUGCUUAUUUAUCAGAAUAUUUAAAUCAAACGGUAGAUUUUGGAGACUUUUCUUUACCAUAG